AUGGCCCCUUUUCUUCAAUCUCUGAGCUCUAUCCUUUUCUUGAUGGCAUUGAUCAAAUUGUCAAUCAUGAGCAGAAUAUCAGCUGCUGGUUACAGUCCAGCAGUAUUCCGGCCUUCCCCAUGGCAUCUUGCUCAUGCCACAUUUUAUGGAGAUGAUUCUGGCUCUGGAACAAUGGGUGGGGCUUGUGGAUAUGGAAAUCUGCUCAGCAAUGGUUAUGGAACAGAUACAGCAGCCCUGAGCUCAGUACUAUUUAACAAUGGAUAUGCAUGCGGCCAAUGUUUCCAAAUACGCUGCGUUCAAUCACCAUUUUGCUUUAAAGGGUCCCCAAUUACCACCGUGACUGCCACAAAUCUUUGCCCCCCUAACUGGUCCCUAGACUCCAACAAUGGAGGCUGGUGCAACCCGCCUCGCACCCACUUUGACAUGUCCAAGCCUGCAUUUAUGAAAAUUGCCCAGUGGAAGGCCGGAAUAGUACCCGUCACGUACCGCAGAGUACCAUGUGCGGGGAAAGGCGGACUUCGAUUCAAUUUCCAAGGAAAUGGCUACUGGUUGUUGGUGUAUGUGAUGAACGUCGGCGGAGGUGGCGACAUCGCCAGCUUGUCGGUGAAGGGAAGCAAAACAGGGUGGAUAAGCAUGAGCCAUAACUGGGGAGCUUCGUACCAGGCUUUCGCAACUCUAUCACGACAGGCUCUUUCUUUCAGAGUAACUUCGUACACUUCCAAGCAGACUGUCUUAGCAUACGAUGUUGCUCCUUCAAAUUGGAACGUAGGAAUGACUUAUGAGGCCAAUGUCAACUUCCACUGAUAUACAAGAAAGACCUAGCUAACAUAUCCGUAAAACUUUGUAUGUCGC